AAAAAAAAAAAAAAGAAGAAGAGAAAGAUGAGCUACUGAAAUUCUCACGUGGAAGGCGUGUGGAUGCGAAGACCCAAGACAGGGUAGCCUAUAAAUACAGAAGUUCCCGCCUCUAACAACAAACAUUUCCCGCUCCUCAUCUCAAAACCCUAAUCUCCCAAAAUGGGAACCAAGCACCACUCCUCUGAUCUUGUCUCGGACAACAAGAAACGACGCCGUGCUGCCUUCUCCAAAAUCGAUACUGGGAUUGAAGCCAAUGAGUGCAUCAAGAUUUACUUGGUUUCUAGCAAGGAUGAAGUGGACUCUCAGAACAGUUUCCGAAUUGAACCAGUUGACUUAAACCACUUUUUUGAAGAUGAAGGAAAGAUAUACGGUUAUCAGGGCCUGAAGAUUACUGUUUGGCUUAGCAGUGUGUCCUUCCAUGCAUAUGCUGAUAUUUCUUUUGAGAGCACAUCAGAUGGAGGCAAGGGAAUAACAGAUCUGAAGACUUCACUUCAGAAUAUUUUUGCUGAGAAUAUUGUUGAUGGGAAAGAUGACUUCCUUCAAACAUUUUCAACCGAACAACACUAUGUAAAAUCCCUCGUUUCCAACUCAGAAGGUUUGCGGGAAGACACCAAUAAUGGUUGUAGUGGCAACUCUGAUCGCCAACUAGAAGAAGAGCCUGCCCAUACUGAGGUUUUUCGUGUUACUGGUACUGGGGUGGGGAUGCUUUACAGUCGAUUGGUGCCACUCGUUCUUCUUCUAGUUGAUGGUAGCAAUCCUAUUGAUGUUAUUGAUCCAAGAUGGGAAAUCUAUAUCCUAGUGCAGAAAGGACAGGAAGAUGGUUGCACGAGGUUACUUGGUUUUGCAGCUGUUUAUCGUUUUCACAAAUACCCUGAUACUAUGCGGCUUCGACUUGGUCAGAUACUAAUCAUUCCUCCAUACCAGCGGAAGGGUUAUGGUGCUAGACUUCUCAAAACGCUCAAUGGUAUAGCAAUUUCCGACAAUGUUUACGACCUUACCAUUGAAGAACCGGUGGACUCCCUUCAACAUGUGAGGACCUGCAUCGAUGUGCAACGCCUGCUUGCUUUCGAGCCAAUCCAUGAAGCCCUUAGUCCAGCUGUAUCACAAUUGAAACACGAAAACCUCUCCAAAAAAAGCCAGCCCCAUCAAUGCGAACCUCCUGCCAAUAUUGUUGAAGAUGUCCGGAAAAGUUUGAAAAUCAACCAGAGACAGUUCCUGCAGUGCUGGGAGAUACUAAUCUAUCUUAGUCUGGAUCCCAUCGACAAGUACCUGGAUAACUACGUCACUAUCGUCUCUAACCGCGUGAAGGCUGAUGUCAUGGGGAAAGAAGCUGAAGGUGCCGGAAAGCGAUUAGUUGAUAUCCCAUCUCAGUUCGAUCAAGAUAUGUCGUUUGCCAUGUUUAAAUGUGCAGGCGAUGAAUCGAAUGGGAUAGAGAAGGAAGAAGAUCAGGGCAAUGUAGAGGAGCAGCUGCGGCAGUUAGUUGACGAAAGGAUGGAACAGAUCAAGGCCGUCGCAGAGAAGGUAUCUGCGCGUCGGUCUUGAAGAAAUGUUGGCAAAAUGCCACUUUAAUUGACUGCUAACAGAUGUGGUGAAGCUAGAGUGUAUUCAAGGCGAAUACUGACAGUAUGGUUUACAACAUUUACUUGAUUAUCUUAAUUUGCCAAUGUAUUUCACUAUAGUUUCGGUACACUUGAUUUUAUGGAGUUGGUUAAAAGUUUAGAGCUAAAGGAAAAUGGAUUCUUCUGUGCA